AUGAACGAGGACGAGGCCAUCACCAAUGUCACGAAGAAGAUCGAGCGCGAGAAGGCGCUCAUCACAGCCGCAAAUGGCAUGCGGCAGUCGACGAACAACCCGGCUGUGCAGUCGCGGUUGGAUACACAGAUGCGAGAAGGACGAAGGAACAUAGACUACCUGGAAGGUCGGUUAAGAGAGCUGCAGAUGCGAAGGAUGGGUAGCGAUAUGGAGGGUAUGCGCCUAGAUCCUGGUAGUAACGGUGGCCCUCCUACGCCUUCUCAUGGCAGAAACAUGGGUCAACAAAGGGGUCUGCCUCCAUUGAUGGAUGGGCGGAAUCCAUACAUGGCUGACCCCGGCGGCUACGGAGAUCCGGGGCCAGGCGGGUAUAGUCAGCAGCUCAGCGGAGGUCAGGCGCUGAUGCCCCCGAGAGCGCCAUAUGCUCCGCCUGGGCCAGCUGCAGGACAACCGAAGGCACGGCCGAACUACAGCAAGCUUGACCUCAUCAAGUGGGAUACGCCCCAUUUGGGCCCUCGCAUCCAGCUCAUGUUGUCUCAACUUGAGUUCAAACUCAGCGUCGAGAAACAAUACAAGGAUGGCGUUGAGAAGAUGGUUCGGUUAUACCAGCUCGACGGAGACAGGAAAAGCAAGGCAGACGCCGAGGCGAAGCGAAUCGAAAGCAACCAGAAGAUACAGCUUCUGAAGCAAGCACUUAAACGCUACGAGGAUCUUCACGUCGACAUCGAGGGUCUAGACGGCCCGGAUGACGACAGUCUCAAUAUUCCAAGCGCUAGGAAGCCGCUUAGUGGGCACCUAACACUGAGAAUACACGCGGUAGCUGAUGUCGACCAUGCUGCGACAGGCAAGUUUAGCAGAGGUCCCGAGACGUUCGUCGUGAUGAAGGUUGAGGACGCGGUUAAGGGCCGGACGAAGGCCACAAGGACCGACAAAUGGACUGACGAGCUACACGAGAUCGACAUCGACAAGGCGAACGAAAUCGAGCUUACUGUAUAUGAUAAGACCGGCAGUCAUCCACUUCCCAUCGGGAUGCUUUGGCUUCGCAUAUCCGACAUCGCGGAGGAAAUGCGACGCAAGAGAAUAGAAACCGAGUUCAACAACUCAGGCUGGGUGCCGGCAGAGAAGAUGUCUAAUGGGGGACAGCCCAGAUCCGAUCUGCAGUUCAACCCACCGCCGGGACAGAAUUUCACACCUGCCGGUACUUCAAGCAGCGCUGCAGCCUCUGGUGGACAAGCAGCCGGGCCGGUACCGCAGACUGGGCCAGUAGCCAUUGAUGCCUGGUUCUCUCUUGAGCCUGUAGGACGCGUACACCUGACAAUGAGUUUUAUGAAACAAGCCAAGGACAGAAGGCCAUUCGACCUAGGUCUUUACCGUAAGGGUGCUAUCCGUCAGCGCAAGGAAGACGUUCACGAGCAGUACGGACAUAAGUUCGUCCAGCAGCAGUUCUUCAACAUUAUGCGCUGCGCGCUCUGCGGUGGUUUCCUCAAGUACGCGGCUGGUUAUCAAUGCGCUGACUGCAAGUAUAUGUGUCAUGAGAAGUGCUACCAAAAGGUUGUGACCAAAUGUAUAACGCAGUCCAACGCGGAGACCGAUCCAGAUGAGGCGAAGCUUAACCAUAGGAUACCGCACCGUUUCGAGCCAUAUUCGAACAUGGGCGCCAACUGGUGUUGCCAUUGUGGCUAUAUGCUUCCUCUUGGGAAGAAGGCGUCAAGGAAAUGCACAGAAUGCGCACUUACCUGUCACGUGCAAUGCAUUCAUUUCGUCCCAGACUUCUGUGGCAUGUCGAUGGAAAAGGCGAACCAAAUCUUAGGAGAAAUCCGAAACACGAAGAAGCGCCAAACCACAUCCACAUCAUCCAUGAGCUCUCGGACACUGAGACCCUCAUCGGGGAGACCAACACCUCCGCCCUCUCAGAACUCCUUUGCACCACCACCGCAAGGACAAGACCACCUUUCUGUGGAUCAACGGUACUCGUAUGGCAAAGACCAACCAUACGAGCAACCACCUCGUAGUCAAUCCUAUGGUCCAACAGCACCGGCAUCAGAAAGCGCUCUGCGGGCUGCUAGAGAAUCUUUCGGUUCGGGCGGUGCACCAACGUCACCCACACAGACAAGACCUUCAGCAGCUCCACGAACGCAGUCGGAAGCGGCGGCGGCUGCAAGCGCAGCCUUACCACCGACUAAUUAUGCAGCUGGCGCCAAUACUCGAACGCCUGGCGGCUACCAGCCACCGAGCGCCGGCCGGCCUGACGAUUCACGGCUAGCUGGCCCAGGCCAGCCCCGCCCGCAACAGCCUCCUUUGUCCCAACCCGCUCAAUACGACCCAGCAGCAUAUGCCAACAUUCCUGGCUAUGCACCCAAACAGUACCCAGGUCAGCCGCCGUCACAGGCUGUCCCUCAAAAUUAUGGUGCACCCCCGCCAGGACCUGCGCAGCCGCCAGCCCAGCCGCCGCAACAGCUACAACAACCCCCGUCUGUGCAGGUGUCUCAACCCACUCCGCCGCCGCAAUCUCAAGCCGUUGUGGAACAGCGGAAACCGGCGCCUCCAGCCAACACCCAGGGGACCGGCAGGCGAAUAGGACUCGAUCACUUCAACUUCCUGGCGGUGCUCGGCAAGGGCAACUUUGGUAAAGUCAUGCUUGCGGAGACAAAGACCACGAAGCAGUUGUAUGCUAUCAAAGUGCUGAAGAAGGAGUUCAUCAUCGAGAAUGACGAGGUCGAGAGUACAAGAUCAGAGAAGCGGGUGUUCUUGAUCGCUAACAAGGAACGACACCCGUUCCUCCUCAACCUACACGCCUGCUUCCAGACGGAAACUAGAGUGUACUUCGUCAUGGAGUACAUCAGUGGAGGCGAUCUCAUGCUGCAUAUUCAGCGUGGUCAAUUCGGGACCAAGCGAGCGCAAUUUUACGCAGCGGAAGUCUGCUUGGCGCUCAAGUACUUCCACGAGAACGGUGUCAUCUACCGUGACUUGAAGCUCGAUAAUAUCCUCUUGACCCUGGACGGUCAUAUCAAGAUUGCCGACUACGGCCUCUGCAAGGAGGACAUGUGGUAUGGCUCAACGACGAGCACGUUCUGCGGCACCCCCGAAUUUAUGGCGCCGGAGAUCUUACUCGACAAGAAGUACGGCCGAGCAGUCGACUGGUGGGCAUUCGGGGUCCUCAUCUACCAGAUGCUGCUGCAACAGUCUCCGUUCCGUGGCGAAGAUGAAGACGAGAUUUACGACGCCAUCCUUGCUGACGAGCCACUAUAUCCCAUUCACAUGCCCAGAGACUCGGUCUCGAUCCUACAGAAGCUCCUGACGCGAGAGCCGGACCUCCGGCUAGGCAGUGGGCCCACGGAUGCUCAGGAGAUCAUGAGCCAUGCAUUCUUCCGGAAUAUCAACUGGGAGGAUGUGUACCACAAGCGCCUUCCUGCACCCUUCCUGCCGCAGAUCACCUCUGCGACUGAUACCAGCAACUUUGAUUCGGAGUUCACGAGCGUCACUCCUGUCCUCACACCCGUGCAGUCUGUCCUUUCGCAAGCCAUGCAAGAAGAAUUCCGCGGAUUCUCUUACUCUGCGGACUUCGCCUGA